GGACUCUGACGGAGGAUGGACUGGACAUGUGGGGCGUGUUGCCUGCCAGUGAUCAACGGUUUACAGAAGUAGUCCACGCCCCCAGCUUGUUACCAAGGGGACCAUUCCUGAUCACCAUGGCAACGUGUCACUCACUCACAAAGAUCAAAGGUCAAAUCAGUGGUGACCCCCUUGACCUCAAGAUGUUUGAGGUCACAGACUGGGAACUAGAUGAGCCAGGUGAGGAGGACACCUCCAAAUUUGACACCUUUGCCCCCACAGUGGUUCGCCCCCGCCACCCUGAUGUGGUACGAGACUCGAGUCUGGAAAUAAAUGAGCCAGGUGACACUCCGUAUGAAGUGGGCAUCGUACGCCAGUUCACCUUCUCCUCCAGUCUGCAGAGGAUGUCCGUUAUCGCCAGGACGCUGGGAGAGAGAAACUUUUGUCUGUAUGCCAAGGGAGCACCAGAGACCAUCGCAUCGCUCUGUAAGGUGGAAACUAUUCCUGUAGACUUCCAUGAUAAACUUCUGGAGUACACCCAACAUGGCUGCAGAGUGCUGGCUCUGGCCUGGAAGCCACUGCAUGCCAAAGUGAGCUAUGUGAAGACACAGAGAAUUACAAGGUGGGAACUGUGUGGUUUUGUCAGGACUUGA